CUUCUCAACAGGAAGAAGCCAGAGGACUAAUUCUAAGCCAUGUCCCAAAGGUUGCUGGUGUUCAAGGACGUGGCCAUAAUCUUCUCUAAGGAAGAAUGGGGGUACCUGGACUUGAAACAGAAGAAUCUGUACAGAGAAGUAAUGUUGGAGAAUUACAACAACCUGGUCUCAUUGGGACUUUCCAUCUCUAAGCCAGAUUUGCUGUCUUUAUUGAAGCAAGGAAAAGAGCCCUGGAAGGUGGUGCAAGAUAUGACAAGAGGGCAGAGGCCAGGCUGGGAAUCUAGGUAUGAGACCAACAACCUACUUUCAAAAGGAGUGUAUGAACAUAAAGCAUCUCAUGAGGAGACAGCAAGCCGUACACUUCAACAAAAUAGGAAACGUAAAGAUAAUUUUGAAAGCCAAUUAGGAGAUAAAGAGGAAUUCGUUAGGCAACUAAUGAUCACUGGUGAAAAAACUCGUAAUUGUAAGCAGACGACAUCCCUUACAUUGCAACAGAGAAAUUCCUCUUCUGUGAAAUCCAGUGAAUGUCAGGAAUGCAAAAAAUACUUUAUUAAUGGCUUUAAGCCAACUGAUCACCAGAAAAUUAAUUCUGAGGAAAAAUACUAUGAAUGCAAAGAAUGUGGAAAGUUUUUUCAGGGUACUAAAAAAACUUAUGAUUGUAAGGUAUGUGGAAAAUCCUUUUUUUGUGCCUCACAACUUAUUUAUCACAAAAGAGUUCACAGUGGGGAGAAACCUUUUCAAUGCAAAGAGUGUGGAAAGGCCUUCAUUCGUGGCUCUCAUCUUACGCAGCAUCAAAGAAUUCAUUCUGGUGAAAGACCUUAUGAAUGUAAUGAAUGUGGGAAGGCCUUUUUUCGUGGCUCACAACUUACUUACCAUCAGAGAGUUCAUACUGCAGAGAAACCCUAUCGAUGUAUGGAAUGCGGAAAGGCCUUUAUUCGUGGGUCCCAACUUAAUGAACAUCAGCGAAUUCACACAGGCGAGAAACCCUAUAAAUGUAAGAAAUGUGGAAAAGCCUUUAGUUAUGGCUCGCAGCUUACACUGCAUCAUAGACUUCAUACUGGUGAAAAGCCCUAUAAAUGCAAGGAUUGUGACAAGUCCUUUAUUCGUGGCUCACAACUUACUGAACAUCAGAGAGUUCAUACAGGUACCAAACCACAUGAAUGUAAACAGUGUGGAAGUACUUUUAACUAUGAAUCUCAACUUCUUCGACAUCAGAGGAUUCACACAGGUGAAAAACCCUAUGAAUGUCAGGAAUGUGGAAAAUCAUUUGUUCGUGGCUCACAACUUACUGAGCAUCAAAAAAUCCACACUGGUGAAAAACCUUUUGAAUGUAAGGAGUGUGGGAAGGCCUUUAUUCGUGGUUCACAUCUUACACAGCAUCAAAGGAUCCAUACUGGUGAAAAACCUUAUGAAUGUAAAGAGUGUGGGAAGGCCUUUAUUUAUGGCUCGCAGCUGACUCAGCAUAUGAAAAUUCAUACAGGUGAGAAUCCUCAUGAAUGUAAGCAGUGUGGGGAGAUUUUUAUUUAUGCAUCACAACUCACUCUACAUCAGAUUUUUCAUACUGGUAGAAAACCAUAUGAGUGUAAGGAAUGUGGCAAGGUUUUUAUUCGUGGUUCACAGUUAACUUACCAUCAGAGAGCUCAUACUGGUGAGAAACCCUAUGAAUGUAAUAUAUGUGGGAAGGCCUUUAUUCGUGGUUCACAUCUUACACAGCAUCAAAGAAUUCAUACAGGUGAGAAACCAUUCAAAUGUGACGUGUGUGAUAAGGCUUUUAAUCGUGGCUCCCAACUUACUCAACAUCAGAGAAUUCAUUCUGGUGAAAAACCUUUUAAAUGUAAUGAAUGUGGUAAGAACUUUAGACGUCAUUCACACCUUACUCAACAUCAGAAACUUCAUAAUGGAGAAAAAGUAUGAAGACACUAAUAUAGUAAAUUCUUCGCCUGCUUACCUACUUUGGAAUAUAAAAAAUAACAGACUGAGUGGGGGAAUCCUUUAUAAUUUUCAUAAGUAAUUCCCAUUAGAGACUUAACAGUGAAGAAAAGCUAGAUGACUAUAAAUGUGGAGUUGUUUACAUCAUACUCCAACCCUAUUAGACAUUAAUACAUGUGUUUACCUCCCUGAAUUGUAGUGUUAUCUGAUCAGGUAUCAUUUCUUUUUCAAGAUCAUCUAUGUUACAAGAUUUAUUCUUUGUGUGUUUUGUUGGGAAAAUUACUUUUAUUUGCUUUAUUUCCUUAUUUAUAAAACAACAACAUACACCUCACUAAAAUGUUUGGUUUUAAAAGGAUAAACAUAACGAAUGUACUAAUUAUGCUCAUUAUGUUAUUUUAAACAUUUUUAAAGGAAAGCUAUACAAGAUACAAGUGCAGAAUAGUAUACAUCUCUUUUAAAGUAUCAGGUAAAUCAUUUUGCAGCAAAACUAAUAAGCGUGGAGCUGUACCAUGUUCUGAACCAUAGCAAUUUUAGAGAAAAUUGCAAGGGAAAAUAAAAAGCUGCUAGAGAAUAUUUGUAUAACGAGGUUUGUGAGGUUUGUGUGACUAUAAAUUUCCAUUCUUCCUGAGGUCGUAAGCUCUUACAAGUGAUUUCUGUGUCUUACAGUAAAUGCAUGUUUUCUCUUAUAAUA